AUGAGUCAUCAUGGACUCGUCAUAGAGAUUCCCAAAGCCAAUCAGAUUGAGACACUAGGUCCAUCUCGGACAUCGGACAUCGGUACAAAAACUGUCCGAUUGAGCAGAGACUGGGGCCGACACGCACUUGGGUCCGUGUUUGCGUGGUGUACGGAUACGGAUGCUCCUCAUAGUGCAGUAAAGGGCAACGGGGAAACAGUCUGUAACUCUCUGGCCUUUUCCCGCAAUAAUUCACAGCCCGCGUUACGUACCGCGGUCACCUGCGUCACGCUGCAUCCCGAGUUUGAUUAUCCCAUCUCGUCCCGUCCGAGUCACACUGACUCUUGGCACGGCCGCGAGACCCACUUCCGGCACUCUCCCUACCUCCCUUGCCGAGGUCUCGGAGGGAAAUUUUCGCGGCUCAUGAUGGACACCGACGACGGUGUACAAGCGGACCUCCCGGGCUCUGCCGCCAAUGCCUCCGAGCCGUUGGCGUGCGUGACAUGCCGGUCACGAAAGCUGAAGUGUGAUCGAGUGAAGCCGGCAUGCAGCCGUUGCUUGAAAGUCAAAGGAGAAUGCGUGUACCCAGAAUCAAGAAGGAAGCCUGCCUUCAAGCGGAAGAAUGUGAAGGAGCUCGAAGAGAGACUGGCUCAAGUGGAGGAUCUCCUCAAAGAAGCUGCCGGCAAGACCAAUGGGGGACUGUCCUCCGAGGGUGACUUGGAUAGCCGGAUAAACAUUGGCAUGGAUGACUUCCAUGUUGAUAUCGAGACGAUCAUGGCCAUGCAAAAUGGUACCUUUGGCGAAACCUCGGGCUUCCACUCAGGAGUAAAUAUGGACAAGUCGGUCCCGCCCUCACAACCUCAACAACCCAGCUUCGCCAACUCCUCUUCGGGGGAACUCAUAGGACUAGGGCUCUCAGAAGCUCUGCCCCCUUUUGAAAUGAUGGAAGAGCUUAACAAGAGCUUCUUUGAGAGGCAACAGCAUUUCAUCCCAAUCAUCCACCCUGGUCGAUAUCUCCAAGCAUUCUACUCAGCGCCUCAUAAACGCCCGCCCAUGUGUCUGCAAUAUGCAGUUUGGUCCAUGGCCUCCAAUGGGCAUGAGAAGUAUAGCCAGUACCACGACAUUUUUUAUCAACGGGCUCGACAAUACGCAGACGCAGAUGAAAUGAAGGGAUUCGGCGAGCAUUUCCUCACUAUCCAACACGCACAAGCUUGGGCUCUCAUCGCGACGGACGAAGCAAGGUCCCUCUUCUUCACCAGAGCGGCCAUGAGCUCUGCAAAGUGCGUACGACUCGUGGAGAUGAUGGGUCUUCACCGUAUCGAUGGCGAUGGCCAAGAGAUGGCGCCGACGCUUGCGCCGCCCACGUCGUGGGUUGACCUUGAGGAGCGAAGGAGGGCGUUCUGGGGCGCCUACUGCAUCGACUGUCACGCGAGUAUUGCGACUGGCUGGCCUACCCUCAUUGACCCUCACGAUAUCACGACACAUCUUCCCUCCUCCGAAGAGGCCUUUAACGCGGCUCGCGAAGAACAAACGUCCAGCUUGCCACAAGCUUUUCAAGGGGCCUCGUACUCGACCUUUGCAGGCGCCGUCGUCAUGUGCUACAUCUUCAAUAUGCUCCUGAAGCAUGUCCACUGGGAGAGGCCGAAUGACAGGCCCGCGGAUGUCGAAUACGGCGAGUUCUGGAAGCGGCACAGAGACAUUGACAACAUGCUGUCGAGCGCCUUCAUGUUCCUGCCAGAGCGUUUCCGGCUGCCCCAGAGCAUCCGCGACCCCACGUCCGUCCACACGAACCUCAAUCUCCACGCCUCUGUAAUUUGCCUGCACCACGCGGCGAUUGACCGGAUAGAACGAAACAAACUACCGGAGCAGCUCAAGGCGGCCUCGGAACUUCGGCUGCGGACGGCGGCUGAGGAGGUGGUGAGCAUCAUCAAGUUGACGAGCCAUAUGAACUCGGGCUACAAAAGCCCCAUGGUCGCGCUGUCGCUGUACUCGGCGGCGUCGGUGUACGUCUACACCGCCAAGUGUAACCUAGACACUGGCUUCUCAGCAGCCGACCUACAAAACCUCAAGUUCAUCAUCAACGCCAUGGAGGCGAUGGGAAGAAGGCACAUGAUCACCCAAGCCUUCCUCCAGCAAACCUUUAUGGACAUUGAGCGGAACGGUCUGUCGGGUGUCAUCGACCUCCCAAACUUGUCCAACUACAAAAAUCUAUUUGGUUGGUCAUCUUCCAAUAUCCCUCUACUCGCCAGGACGUCCAUAUCGAAACACACCGAGAUCCAAUCGCCCUUGCCUGGCAGACUCCCGCUCGGGAACCCCAAGGGCACGGCCUACGAGCACUAUCCCAGGCUGCACCCCGACCGCGGCUGCAACACUCCCAUCUCCAUGGGCGGUUCCAAACACUGGCUCGGGAAAUUCGACCAGGUCAUAGAUACGGGUCCGUCAUUUUUGGCGUCGCCGGGCGAUCCGCGGGACAAGGGGUCGAACAAAAGGAAACGGACGGAGGCGACGACGAUGAACCCGGAAGUGCCGAAACUGGCUCAGGCGGUCGCCUUCGCCUAUCAGCCGGUGCCCACAGCCUCCGGCAUUGACGGCAUAGGCGGUUUCGGGUCGGGGCUUCUCCGAGGGAGCGGCAUGGUAGGGCCAGCCGCCGCUUCGCAGGUCAGCAUUCCCCAUCGGAGCCCCGCGGCGGCACAACCGUCGCCGACGUCGCAGUCUACGGGCGGCAGCGGCAGCAGCACCACCACCACCACCACUAAUACGCCAACCGGUCCUGGACACGGCAGCACUUCUUCGCCAGACGACGGGGGCAUGCAGAGUGAAGGUGGUACGGGUGGCGGGAAUGUCAAUGAGAUUAUUGACAUCACGAGUAUCCAGAACUCGAUGCUGGGCACCUCGGCCGCGGGGCCGUCGUCGGAAUCGACAUUGACGACAACGUGGGAUUCGAGGGGUUUGCAGUACGCUCCGAGCACGGAUCCGAUUUCGUUUAUGAAUGGGAAUUUUGACUCGAUGCCUGUAGGCAUGGGCAUGGGCAUUGAUCCGUGGACCUUGCUGGCGAACGUGGGGGACUUGACGUGGACUGAGAAUGGGGAAGUAUCGACGGCGGCGGCGGCUUCAGGAGGGUUGAAUGGGAAUGGAACUACCGAGUAG